AUGGCGGCGGCGCUGCUGCCUUGGCGGCGGAGCAAGUGGGUGCUGGUGGCGGGCGAGGAGCGCAAGCGGCCGGGGAAGGGCUGGGCGCCGCGGCUGAACUGCGCCUCGCUGCUGGCCGACCUGCUGGGCUCCUGCCCGGAGCUGUGGCCCCCGGGGGCGCUGGCCGGGCUCUUCCGCAGCCGGCGCCGGACGGCCCAGCUGAACGCCGAGGAGCCCACCUUCCGCGCCUGCUACCUGGGCAACGCGGCCACCCUGCAGGCCAAGGGCGAGGGCUGCGCCGAGGCGGCGGUGGAGAAGCUCUGGGCGCGCAGCCAGGCAGGCCAGCGCGGCGCCCGCAUGCAGCUCACCCUGGGCCCGCAGGGCAUCCACCUGCGUCCGGCCGCCCCGGCCGCCGCAGCCAAGGAGAGCCGCCGGGCCGGGCACGCCUACCUGCUGCACCGCAUCACCUUCUGCGGGGCGGACCGGCGCCACCCACGGGUCCUGGCCUGGGUGUACCGGCACCAGGUGAAGAACAAGGCGGUGGCGCUGCGCUGCCACGCGGUGCUGCUCUCCCGGGCCGAGAAGGCGCAGGCGGCCGCCCAGCUCCUCUUCCAGACCUCGGCCGCCGCCUUCAACGAGUUCAAGCGGCUGCAGCGGCGGAGCGACUCGCGGCGGCUCCAGCGGCAGCUGCUGGGGGAGGCCGCGGUCCCGCUGGUGCCCCUGCGCAGGCUGCUCAACGCCAAGUGCCCCUACCGGCCACCCCCGGAGCGUGGCCGCAACGCCCCCCGGCUCAGCUCCAUCCAGGAGGAGGAGGAAGAGGAGGAGGAGGAGGAGGAGGAAGAGAAGGGGCAGCAGAGGAAGAAAGAGCGGCCGGCCUCCUGCACGCCCACCCGAGCCACCCACGACUGGCUGGCCACCCGCACUGUCCUCUGUGCCGCCAUCAGCAGCUUCGGCCCGGCAGGCCCGACCCUCUGGGCUGAGCCCCCGGCCCCCGGCCCCCCCCUUCCCGAGGCCAAGGUGGCCAGGGGGGGCCUGGCACGGCGGGAGAUUCAGACUUUGGUGCGGGAAUUCCAGUCCUGCAGCUUGCGGGCUGGGCUGCCCGUGGGGGACACGGCCUCCUGGACACCGAGCCGGGAGCCCCCCUGCCUGUCCCGCUAG